AUGGCAGCUUCGUUUCCUCAAGCAGCUAAGACAAGUUUCUAUGCACUGGUCUCGUGCUGUUUCCAGCCACCACACACGUUUGAACAUACCGAUGCGUUUACCAACACGAUGCAAAAGAGACAUCAGCGCCAUGUGAUUUCAAGCGGAAAUGCCUUGACUAGCGCUAUCUUGUCUAACCAUCAGAGUCCACCACGAUGGGUGAAGGAUGAAUUUGUUGAAGCCUGUAUGCACUGCAACGUCGAAUUUGAUCUGCUUAAGCGUAAGCACCAUUGUCGUGGAUGCGGUCUCGUGUACUGUGACCGCUGCACUUCCACUUUUGAUCGUGUGGUCAAGUUUGAGUUUAUGGAACCCGUACGUCUCUGUACCACAUGUGCUACCAUGGCUAAGAUAGAAAAUGUUUUUCAUGAAAAAUAUUUGCCUCUUCUAGAAGACGGUGACUUGUUUAAGAAGAAUGGAGUGCUGCGGAAGAAACAUGUUUUUCUUCAAUAUGUGCGUGCAAAAAACAUUUUUCAAUACCAAAAGCUCAAUAUCGAGACGAGAGCAUGCGAAGGCGAUAUUAAGGCCAUUUUACUAGAUGAAAUAACAGAUGUACGUGAGGUGGAUGGAAACCAGGACGAGUCGAAUUUGGGAGUAAUUCUUGUUGUCGGCUCUCAAGAGCAUAAAUUUGAUGCCACAACAGCUAUAAAGAAGAAACAAUGGAUCGAGGCGAUAGCCAGCGCUCUUCGUGUGCGUAAUGCAAUAUUGGCAACAGAACGAGAGAAGCGCUCGGAACAGCUAGAGAUAGAAAACGAAGAGAUCCGGAAAGUAUCCGGGAUCCUGCAGCUGACUGAGGAGCGUCGCGCCAUUUUUCAUGAAGAUCGUAUGCUACGACGCGCCGUUAUACGCGAGCAGCUACGUGUCAAGUACAAUCUCGCAACAGCAGCGUCGUAA